GCAGCAGCUGUUGUGUAAUUACAGUUCUGGCACUGUAAUCAAAGUCACUCAUAAAAACCUGCUUGGCGUAAGAGAGCCAAUCUCGACUACAAAGGGAAGUCACAGAUCUCUUCUUUUUUGUUCUGUCUAAGGUCUACUGAUGCUAUAUGUGAAUGACCUCACAUACAGGUCUCUGGCUCAAAUGAUUCAUCUGAAAUCCUCAUAACAAACUCUUAAAGCAUCUUAACUUCUUUCCCUCGUCUGAGUCAACUCCUGUGAGCUGUGAGGAUUAUGAGGUCGACUCUCGUGCUUGUACAGUCACAGUGGCUCCUGUGUGUGUUUGUUGGUGUGUGUGUCCCCAGUGUUGUAGUGAUACACUCGCUGCCAUGGCACGUCUCCUGCCCAGCACAGUGUGUGUGCCAGAUCAAGCCAUGGUUUUCUUCUGAGUCUGUCUACCAUGAAGCUCCCACUGUGGACUGCAAUGACCUGCUAUUGACCGAGCUCCCCUUGCCCCUACCGCAGAACACACACACGCUGCGCCUGCAGAGUAACCUUCUGUCUGAGCUGGAGAGUGCCGUGCUUUGCAGCCUUCCCAACCUCACUGAGCUAGAUCUUUCCCAGAAUCACUUCAGCAGCAUCAGGACAAUAACACAGAGCUCCUCCUUACCUUCUCUGCUGUCCCUGCACCUGGAGGAAAACCGGCUCAAUCACCUCCCCGAGGCCUCCUUCUCCUCCCUGCCAGCUUUGCAGGAGCUCUUUCUUAGCCACAACAGCUUAUACUCACUAGCGCCUGGAGCCUUCACUGGUCUGGACUCCCUGCUGCGCCUGCACAUCAAUAACAACAGACUCACCACCAUCGAUCCUCGAUGGUUCAGGGCCCUGCCUCGCCUCGAGGUUCUGAUGCUCGGGGGAAAUCCUGUGGAGGUCCUUCCUGAGCGGGGCUUCCAGGCCCUCGGAUCACUCCGCAGUCUCGUGCUGAGCGGCAUGGGCCUGAGGAGCCUGGCUGAAAAAGCACUGGAAGGGUUGGAUGGCCUGGAGAGCCUCUCCUUCUAUGAUAAUCUGCUGACAAAAGUCCCAACGCAAGCCCUGAAGAGAGUCCCAGGUCUCAAGUUCCUUGACCUUAACAAGAACCGGAUCAAGCUCGUUGAGACGGGGGACUUCCGAGACAUGGUUCAUCUGAAGGAGCUAGGCCUGAACAACAUGGAGGACCUGGUGUCCAUUGAGAGAGCUGCCCUGGAAAACCUUCCGGAGCUCACCAAGCUGGAGAUCACCAACAACCCCCGUCUGUCAUACAUACAUCCCCAGGCUUUCCUUCAGCUGAGCAGGCUGGAGAGUCUCAUGUUAAACUCCAACUCUCUGAGUGCCCUGCAUCGACACACACUUCUCUCCUUGCCAAGUCUUCAGGAGGUCAGCUUACACUCCAACCCGCUCCGCUGUGACUGUUUGUUUCACUGGGCAGCGGAGGUGGCCUCACACCCACACGCUGAUACAAGCAGCCACACAGAAACCCAAACAGACACAGAAACACCUCGAGUGGUGCGUUUUAUCCAGCCCCAGGCCACUCUCUGCUCUGAGCCCCCAGAGCUUAGAGCUCGCAGGGUGAAAGAGGUGUCAACCAGAGAGAUGGCAGCCUCCUGCCUCCCCAUGAUCCCACACGCUCCCCUCCCUUCCUAUGUCGGGGUGAGAGAAGGAGGCAGUCUCACUUUGCACUGCAGAGCUCUUGCAGAACCACAGCCCAAGCUCUACUGGGUGACUCCGUCUGGGCUAAGACUGGGACCUGCACCCAGUCAUGUAUCCAACCACACACCAGACCUGGCUCCCUACCUCAGCCGGACAGCCUCUGAAGGAUCCAAUCACACAUCCAGCCGCCCCGCCACCCAGGCUCAAAAUGACACACCGUUUAACCGUUCCGGCCACUACCGCCUGCUCCCAGAGGGAACGCUCGAGAUCAAUAUGGUGACCCGCAACGAGGCAGGAUUGUACACUUGUAUUGCAGAGAAUGCACUGGGAGCGGACACACACAGCGUCACUGUGGGCGUGCAUGGGAGAGAAAAGAAAAGGAAGAGGGGGUGGGCUGCUAACCUGAGGGGAGAUCCACUCUUCAGAGCAGAGCCCAGCUUGGAUGUGAGGGAAGUCGGAGAGCAUUACGCAGUUCUGUCCUGGCAGAGCGGGCACAACCUCCCCUCGACUCAACUAUCCUGGCAAGCCAUAUACCCGAAUGCACACACACCGACGUACACCACACGCAUUCUGGCUGGUACUCAGAGCUUCAACUUGACCCACCUACAUGCAGAGACUUUUUACAGCGUGUGUCUACAUUUAGGGAGUAGUGAGGGUGUCGCACACACAAGCAGGAGAACGAGAGAGAGCACAAAGCCCCAGUGUGUUUCAUUCAGGACAAAGGAGGCCCCUGAGCCAAAACCCAGCCUGCAGCUAAGCCCAGAGCUUACCUCCACUGCACUAACACUCCUGUUCGUUGCUGUCAUACUGCUGUUGCUGGCAGGCCAGGGUUGGGACACUGUGCCUGGGGAGGAGGCAGGGAAACACCACAGUGCUCUGCUCCAGUGGAUCAAGAGUCACAAAUCUCAGAUAAUCAAUCAAAAGACAGAAGGCAGCAGUGAACAUCAGCCAAAGCAGAGCGUGAAGCUGUCAUUACACCUGGACUGCUGAGAUCAUUUCAUUUGUGCAUAAUCAAAAGCAGAAACACUUGCAAACACACACACACACACACACACACACACACACACACACACACACACACUGCCAGAUAUACAGGUGGUUAAUCACAAUUAGGAGAGCGGGGUCAUGCAUCAAAGCAAUGGUGUAGGAAAAGAUUUGUAUUUAUUUUAUAUACCGUAUAAAGUAUAUAUUGACAUUGUUCGCGUGUUAAGAUUAUGUGAAGAAUACCUGAACCCCAGCCAGGGAAAUAAAACUGGACAAUCAAUGUGUUGUAAUAUUCCAGCAACACGGCGAGUGAACAAAGCCGAGAGAACCGAGGGGUCUGAGCCACUGACGACCAACAGACUGAAACCGGGGGGAAACCCAACUCAAUCCAGGGACAGAGUAUUUGCAGUGUUCACUGUAUAGAGGAGAGUGGCUCAGACCGUAAGGGCAUUCCUCAUGUUUCCUGUCCAUGCAUCUCCUCUACUCCUCCACACAUUCACCCAUACCUAAUCCAAACUGAUGAAACCUUCUCUUGAGUGUGCUAUUGAAUGAAAUUCCUGCUUGUGUGAGCUCUGUAAGUAAAAGUGAUUAAUGUAAACAACUCUUUUGCUUAGCUUAUAAAUACCUUAUCCUGGGUUCUCUAUUUUGCAGUACAUAUAAUCAUCCAGACUCCUAACGCACCACCUCCCUUUUAGCAUACACGUGAUCUUAAAGUGACUGUGUUAAA